AUGACGAUGCACGCAAUCAACGCUGCUGGUCGACGGGUUUCGCUUCUAAACGACGAAAGCGCAUCCCAACAACCACAAUUGCAACAACAACGACCUCCUCUCAGCUUUCACCCCAGCUAUGCUUUCAACCAGUCUUACCCCACUCCUGGCAGCAGCUCUUCUUCGCCUAACACCCCCGAGCUUUUGCGCUCCGACUCCUAUGACUCCCAAAUGAGCAAUGAUCCUGUCUCUCCUAUGACUCCGAACGUGGACUACUACCCUCGACAGCAAGUUAUCUACACCAUCCCCCAAGACUACAACAUGGACGCCAAGCAUGUCGCAUACGCCAACAGCACCCGUUCGGCCUCAUACGACGCCGAGAUGGUCAGCCAGCCCCGAUCCUCGCCUAUGCCCGAACGUCCCGGAAAGCGCUACCCCUGUCGGUACCGCGAUACUCACGGCUGCGAAAAAACCUUCACAACUUCAGGCCACGCCUCGCGUCACUCUAAGAUCCACACUGCUGAGAAGGCUGUUCAAUGUACCUUCGCGGGGUGCCAGAAGAAGUUCACCCGCGCCGAUAACAUGAAACAACAUCUUGAAACGCAUUUCAAGGACAAGAGCCGCUCAUCUGGAAGCCAGCGCAGCCACCGAGCAUCUCUCGCUGACACCCGUCGCAACUCUACAUCUGGUCGUCCUUCCGCGAGCCGCACAUCCUCAUCCAGAAGCCGACGCGACGCUGAUCCCUAUCCCCUUCCUACACCCCCUCUGGCCUCGCCUAGCAUGAGCAGUGGACCCUGGGAUAUCGGUGGUCGCAACCUCCCUAUCCUUAACCGCCCUGUUGCUGGUAGAACACCCAGUGGUCUGGAUGCUCUCGCCAUGGCUGUCGCAUGCCAGGAGGGCUCAGGUGUUUGA